AUGAUGUCAUCUCCAUCAACAAUAAAUUUACCUAUAAACAUUCCACCGGCUAGUACUACAACUAAUUCUUCAAUUGUUCCAAUAUUAUCUAGUCCAUCAUCAAGUAGUAUAUUUAAUGGUACAAUUGAUCAUAAGAAAUUACAUGAAUUCGUUUCUAAUGAUCGAAUUGUACCAGAAAUAAAACCAAUUCAAUCAUUAAUAACAACACGAAAACAACAACGACGUGGUUCACAACCACCAAAUGAACAUGUACCACAACAACAACAUCCAACGCGUCAUAUGGCAAUAAAUGUAACAAAUAAAAUACUUUUAUUUUCAUCAUUUGAUAUGAUGAAACUCUUUCAACGUCUACCGAUAAUCUUCCAUCGACAAAUAUCUGUUCUUGAUACAAUUGUUGGUAAAUCUCAAGCAUUAACAUCACUUCAAACACGUGGUAUUAAUUUAACAUUAAGUGUUGUAACAAAUAUGGGUACAACUACAAUGGAUGUACCAUUAAAACCACAAGAAGUUCAUGAUCUUGUUAAUCGUACUGGUCAUUUAAUAACAUCGUAUGUUCAAGAAUCUCUUCCCGAUGAUACACAACAAACAUCUGCAAUACCAACAACAACAAAUACAGAUAAUGAAUUAAUUAAUACAAGUUUAAAUGAUACUAUUGAAGAACCUACUACACCAAUUCCAUUAGAACAAACAAUAACAGGAAAACUUUUAAGUACACAUCGUAAAGAUCCAAUUAUUCGUACUAUUAAUCCACGUUCAUUAGAAACUCAACAAAAUAUAUCUACAUCAUCAAAACGACCUAUAUUAGAAGUUCAUGUAACAGCACAUUACGAAAGAACGACAUUUUCUACCACACUUCUUUCAACAUUAAAAGCUCAAUAUAAAAUAGCUGUUGCUAAUAUUGGUCGAAUGAAAUCCCGUUUUACAGCUAUUAUACAUGAACAUGCAUUACAUUUUUUAAAUAAUAAUAGCCAUGAUCAUCAACAACCUCCAACAGUUAGUUCAGAUAAUCAUGUACGGAUUGAUUUUCCUGAAAUACGUUGUUAUGAAAAUUAUUCUAUUCAACAAAAACAAGAAAAUAAAACAAAAAGUCAGUUAAAUCUUCGUACAAAAAUUAAUGUACUUAAAUUAACUGUAACAGUUGAUUAUCUUGCACAAUUAGUUUUUGUUUCAAAAGUAAUUAUACAUGAAAUAAAUGAGAUUCUUGCAAAAGUUUCUGGAUUUGAUGAAUUUCAUUUUGGAACAACUACAAAACAUACACGCUUAUCAUUAUCAUCAAAAGUAUCUAUUAUAUGUAUUGGUUCAACAGAUAUAGAAGAUGAGGAUGACGAUGAUGAACCAGAAAAAGAUCAACAAACAAUACCAUUAACAUUAUUUACAUAUACAAUGCAUAUAUCAAUGAAAGGUUUUGAAGUUAUGGAACAAACGCUAUCAAAUACAAUUGUUAAAUUUGAAAAUGGUGAUAAAAAAGUACUGAUAUAUAUGAAAUUAACAAAUUAUGAUGAACAAAAUUCUUUAUUACUCUAUAAUAAACCAUUAAUUAAUGCUCUCAUAAAUAUUAAACUAAGUUCGAAUGAUCCCGAUAAACAAGCUUAUUUUAUUCGUUUAACAAAACCAAGUUUCUAUUGGCAACCUGGUGCUAUUGAUAAAGGAAUACUUUUUUGGUUAAAUUAUGAAAGUACAUAUGAACAUUGGAAUGAACAACGUGGUGCAUUUACAAUUACAACAAAUGAUUCAACACGUUUACGUUCAAUUGUUAAUGUUUCAACAUCUCCUACACCUAAUAGAGAGCUUAAUUUUAUGUUUCAAUUGCAUAUUAUUGAUUUAGUUAUUGCUUCACCACUUCAACAAUAUAAUGCACCACCAAAAUUAACAACAGAUAAUUUAAGAUCAUCAGGAAUAACAACUCACCAAUCUAUUCCUACACUUGAUAAAACGACAACAUCAGCAUGUUCAUGUGGUGCAAUAAUAAGUUCAGGUUCAUUUGAAGGUUUUUGUUUUCGUUUUGCUGAAAAUUUUCAACAAACAAAUAAAAAUUGA